AUGCCAAACGCUCUUAGAACAUACCCACCAGGUCAUAAUGAUAAAGAAAUUGAAGUUACUCUAUUUUUGCCAAUCAAUCAAGAUAAACGAGACUCAGAAUCACAGGCAAUUUUUAAAAGAGAUGAAUACUAUUCAGUUGGAGGAAAAAUCGUACCUGGAUCCUAUAAUGGAAAAAUUAAACCAAAAAUAACUGUUGCUGUUUCAACACACAUAACAAUUGUUGAUAAGGUUCUAACCGCGAAUAAAUGCUCUCUGAUAACUUCUUUGAUAGGAAUUUCCCAAGAAAUGCCAAUUGAAAUUAGAAACACCAAAGAUUCGGUCAUAGAAACACUUAUAUCUGACUAUGUCGGUCAACCUUGCAGUUAUAAGGUUAAGGUUGUCUUUCCAUGUGAUAAUUCACGAUUCAAUCAUCUCAAGACGACAAUUCACCCGCAAGAAUCUCUAAUCUUCGUAAUUGGACAAAUGGAAAUAAUCUCUGAUGAAUUUUAUGUUUAUGCUAAUGAUAUUAAUUAUAUUAAUACUUAUUUUGUUCCUAAAAACAAAGAACAUAUUAAUGUUGAAUUAUCUUCGCCAAAUCUUAUGCGAUCCAAACUUCUAAACGUUCAUCAAAAUGCAACUAAUAAUUUUCAAGAUAACUCAGAAGAUCUAAAACGUAAAAAAUCUGAAGUUGAUAACUCAGAAAAUAAUCCUUUAAAAUGUAAAAAAUCUGAAGAUGUUGAUGAAUUGGAUGAUAAUGAAAUUAACAAUGCCGAUAAUAUUAGAGAUCAUCCUCAAAAAACGGAAGAAUAUGUUUAA